UUUUUGCAAAGAACUUUGCAGAAACAAGGUGGGGUAGUAACGUUUUUCAAAUUUGGUUGGAAAAGGCCGUAUGCAAUAUUUGUGUUUUGUUGGUGCGUGAUUGGUGCUGGUCUUGUGUUUUGAAUCGGAAAUAUUUUAAUUUUUUAUUGGGAAAGGCUGUGUGUGAUUGUUUGUGUUUUUGUAACUGACAGUAUUAAGUUGUGUUAAGUGGUAGAAGGAAAUAAGAAUGCAUGGAAAUCCAAAAGCAGUGAAUUUGGGAAGAAGGAAGAUGGAUGAAUGGAGCUACUUCAGCAGGAGAGCUCCAGGUUUGGAGCGCCAACAUCAACAAGAAAUCUAUCUUCAUCCUCAUCUGCAUUUGUUUCUGCUUGUCAAUCUCCAUUUUUUUCCCCAAGAUCUCCAAGAGAAGAUUCCCAAUUAUCUGAAUCCAACAAAUCUGAUUACAUUCACACUAGCUCUAGUGUAUCUCAAUCUCAGCCUGUUAUCAUUAGAAAUGCAUAUGCACAUAGACCGCCUGUACCCAUCUCAUAUUCUUUACAGAACCACAACACCCAUAGCAAUGACAUACCCAGUUCAUCUCACGGUCCUUCAUCCAUUAGGGCAAGCCAGUUGAAGCAUAACCAGAGAUCGGCAUUAUGCAAGGAAUCUUCUGUCAGCAAUUCGGGAUCGAACGGUACAUUAGCACACAGAUACCCAUUGAGUAAUAGGACAUUUUUGACAUCAAGAGCAAACAAUGCAGGACAGAAUAAUAACAAAAUCUCAUUUGCAAGGACUUCAGCAUCUCUGUCAUCUUCUGCUAGACUCAGGAGCUGUGAUGUGUAUAUUGGAACCCAUGGGCAGAAGCCAUCGUUGCUUAGGUUCACGAAAUGGCUUCGUGUAGAGCUUGAGCUGCAGGGGAUCGCUUGCUUUGCUGCAGAUAGGGCAAGGUAUACGGAUUCCAGAAGCCAUGACAUUGCAGACAAGGUAAUUAGUUCUGCAACUUUUGGUGUAGUUAUUAUUACCAAGAAGUCUUUUGCAAAUCCAUAUAGUAUUGAGGAGUUGAGAAUCUUUUUGGGUAGGAAGAAUUUGGUGCCAUUGUUUUUUGAUCUGGGUCCUGGGGAUUGUUUGGCUAGAGAUAUUAUUGAGAAAAGGGGGGAGUUGUGGGAGAAGCAGGGGGGUGAUCUGUGGAUGUUGUAUGAUGGGGAUAAGAAUGAAUGGAAGGAGGCAAUGGAUGGGCUCAGUAGGGUUACUGAUGAAUGGAGAUUAGAGGCACAGACUGGCAACUGGAGAAGUUGCAUUUUGAGGGCAGUUAGUCUUUUAGGCAGUAGACUUGGGAGGAGGAGCGUUGCAGAGAGGGAGAGGGUGAGGAAGGUCAGGAUCCAAGGUCAGGAAUAUCCAUUUCCAAGAAAUCCAGGGUUUGUAGGGAGGAAGAAAGAGCUCCUCGAACUGGAGGAUAUUCUGUUUGGGAAGGAAGAUAGUGUUGAUGGCGGUGACGAUGGGAUUCUUGACAUUAAAAUCAGACCUAGGAGGAAGGAUAGGGUUAUUGUUCGCAGGAGGAGCAAUGGCAAUCGGUCUAAGAAGCAGGCAGGUGAACAGGGAGAAGGGAAAAUGGAGAACAGGAGGUUGAGUGAAAGUGACAGGUUGAAAGAUAUAGAAGGAGGAGAAGAACAAAAAGAGAGGCGAAAGAGUGAAGCAGACAAGUGGGAGUUGAAAAGGAAGGGGAAAAAUGCAAUUCCUGUCAACAUGACAGGAAGCACUAAAGGGAAAGAGCUGGCUAUAUGGAAGGAAACAGAAAAUGAAAUCGAGAUACACAGAAGUAGGGCUACACAGAGGACAAGUGAUCGCCGCCAGCGUGCGAGGGUGCUGCAUAGAGCAAGGUAUGCAAAAAGAAACAAGGACCUGAAUUUGGCAUAUGGUAGAGGCAUUGCAUGUGUAUCAGGAGAAUCAGGCAUUGGAAAAACUGAAUUGGUGUUGGAAUUUGCAUACAGAUUUGCAGAGAAAUAUAGGUUGGUGUUGUGGGUGGGUGGAGAAACCAGGUAUCUAAGGCAGAAUUUUUUGAAUCUUUCUUUUUUGCUAGGAUUGGAUGUGAGUACUGAAACACACAUUUCUCCUGAGAAAGGUAGGAAUAAGACCUUUGAGGAGCAGGAAAUGGAAGCCUUUCAGAGAGUAAGAAAGGAACUUGUUAGAGAUAUCCCAUAUUUGCUUGUGAUAGAUAAUUUGGAGAGUGAGAGAGAUUGGUGGGAUGGUAAAGAUAUUUUGGAACUUCUUCCACGUUUUGGUGGCACAACCCAUGUGAUAAUUUGUACUCGUCUCCCUCGUGUGAUGAAUCUAGAUCCUCUGAGGCUCUCAUACCUCUCAAGUGUGGAAGCUAUGUCAUUGAUGAAGGGAAAGAGGAGGGAUCUUUCAAUUAUGGAGCUGGAUGCACUCAGAACAAUUGAAGAAAGAUUAGGUCGGCUAACACUAGGUCUGGGGCUUGUUGGAACUAUCUUAUCUGAGCUUCCAAUUACACCUUCCAGGCUGCUUGAUACAAUAAACAGGGUACCAUUAAGAGAUCUAUUGUGGGGUGUCCGAGAUGAUUCGACUCUGAGGAAUCAUCCCUUUCUUAUGCAACUUUUGGAUGUAUGCUUCUCCAUUCUUGAUCAUGCUGAUGAACCGAAGAAUCUGGCUAGCAGGAUGGCUUUGGUUGGUGCCUGGUUUGCUCCUUAUCCAAUCCCCAUCUCUCUUCUGGCAGUUGCAGCCAGCAAGCUCCCUAAAAGAAAAAACGGUUUGUGCCUAUGGAAGAGAUACCUGUAUCAAGUGGGUUCCUGUUUUUUGGGGUCUCAGACAAAAAGAUCAGAAGUUGAAGCAUCAGACAUGCUGAUCAAAUUCAGGAUUGCAAGAAGUAGUACUAGGCAUGGAUGGAUUCAUAUGCAUGAGAUGAUUCAGUUAUAUGCAAGGAAAAAGGGCGGCAGUUUGGCUGCCAAAGCUAUGUUCCAAGGAGUUGGUAGCAGAGGAAACAUCACACUACAUCCAGAGCACUUGUGGGCAGCUUGUUUCCAUGUAUUUGGAUUUGGGAACAAUCCAGUGACCAUUGAACCAAAAGUUUCUGAAUUACUCUCCUUCAUCAAAAGAGCAGUGGUUCCCUUAGCACUACAUUCUUUUACUACUUUCUCAAGGUGUGUUGCAUCUUUAGAACUACUACGUCUGUGUACUAAUGCCUUGGAGGCUGCUGAGGAAUCCUUUGUUUCUCAAGUGCCGAAUUGGAUGGACAAAUCCCUGUGUUGGAAAAUUCCUAAGCGCUCAGAUACUCAAGUGGAUGAGUAUCUGUGGCAGGAUGUAACACUCCUCAAGGCUUCACUCUUGGAAUUAAGGGGAAAAUUGAUGCUCAGGGGUGGACAAUAUGAUACCGGGGAGGAGCUCUGCAGGACUUGCAUUAGUAUAAGAACAGUUUUGUUGGGUACAGAACAUCCAGACACCAUAGCUGCCCAGGAGACUCUGGCCAAACUUGUUAGAUAUCAAACUAACACCAGAAUUGGAUAAAUUGUAAGCUUAUUUGAUGUAGCCAUCUAUGUCAUCUUACUAGAGGAUGUAAUGUCACUCCCCAUAUAAGCACCACAUCAGAUGUUCACCAGUUAAAUGAAUAGUUCCAAGUAUUUGUGUGUA